CCGAGAAUGUUAUGACAUAAUUAGUUCAUAACCUUAAAACAGUUGGUUUCCCCAAGGAAUUAAAAAUGUCGGGGCAGUUAUAUUCAACAAUUAAACUGUUACGAAGAGUAGUUCCUAUAGCAGGUCGAAGACUUGUAUCCACAUCAAAGAAGAAUAAUGUUACAGCAGAGGUAAUCGAAAGUACGAAAACCAAAAGUAAAACUGUCGCUUCUGACCAAAAUUGGAUCAGUUAUGGAUACGAUUGUACAUCAAAAGAAGCAGACAGGAACGCUAUGCACUCUAUAUUCUUUGUUUCCGUUACUUUAUGUUUAGUUGUUGGUGGAUUUUUUUGGUCGUAUAUACCCGAUUAUACAUUGAGAGACUGGUCGCAACGAGAAGCUUAUUUGGAAUUGCGUAGAAGAGAAGAACAAGGUUUGCCUUUGAUUGAUCCCAACUUUAUAGAUGUUAACAAAAUCACAUUACCCUCUGAUGAAGAAUUAGAAGGUGUAGAAAUCAUAAUUUAAAUAUUAAAUUUGUAAAUUAUUGUUUAUAAAACUAUUUUGAGUGUAAUAACAGAUGCUACUUAUAGGUAUGUGAACUUGUAUACAGAUAAUAAAAUUUAAAAAUAAUA